AUGCUCAUCCCUUUCAUCGCAUCCUCCACGUUCUCUACCGUGACCCGCUUCGCUCGCCCGCUCUGUUUUCCCCGCGCCGCUCCUGUUCCUGCAGGUGUUAUGAUUGUCGUCAUGUUAGAGUAUAUCCUCACCAUCCUCGACCUCGCUCUCAUCGGCAGCGCUAUCUGGAGCUGGCUUCCCGGGAACGUCACUGGAAAUAGCGUCUUGAUCACUGGGGCACUUGUUUUCAAGAUACUCGUGACAGUGCUGUGCGCUGAAGAGUCUUACCGUGAAGCUUUCGUCUCUGGGAUAGUCAAGUGUGCCUAUGCUGUUGUCGAACGCAUGCGUCGCUUUUUCUGUUAUCUCUGGCGAGGUGCUGUGAAGUCAAUUGGAGCUGGGCGAGAUUUCGUGGUCCGGUCCAUAACGGCUCUUCUGUACAAUGAUCGCGGACGCAUGACCAGGGCUUUGGAUGAGGGUCGCGCCGUGGAGUCUGGUAUGGACGAGCCUCCUUCCGACCUUCCUUCAGCCAGUGUCUCCGGGCCCCUCUUGACGACGACGGCAAGCCAAGACAACUUGGUCACUGCGGCCCGUAUGGCUUGGGCUAUCUCAUCGGCGUACGAGCACACGCAUCGCGGGUCUGCAAGCAGCGUUUCGAGAAGAACCACACGAACCUCUUCAUCGCCCCCUGUAGCAUCAUCUAUGUCCGACUCUCGUACAGGUCAAGAACCGGCAGUGCUCCCCUCUCGCCGGCAGCUUGUCGACUUCCUCGCUCUGACAGCCAUCCUGUCUCAAGCUUCAAGAGAAAGAGCGAACGAUACAACCAUAGCCUCAGUCGACACCGCUCCGCAGCCGACUUCCUCUAGUACACCGCAGCCUUCAUACGGCACACUUCAGUCAUCCCCCUCAGGUACACCUCAGCCCCCGUCGCAGCAAGAUUCCCUGAAGACCCCGAUUGAAGACCCCAUCCCGAUCUCCGGCCACGACGACACAGGUCACCGCUCCUCGGACGAGGCAACCACUGUGGCGGUACCCCCGAGGGAGCGACGCUCGACCGUCAUCGAACUACACAACUCCUUCGCUCGAGAGGACCAUCAAGCGUUCCGUCAGCGCGCAUAUACGGUCGCAAUCCAGCUUGACGCAGCCCAGGCAGCCCUUCAUGAGCUUCAACGUGAGCGUCGCGAGCUCAUAGUUGCCCUCGCCUCUGUUGCCCCAGCAUUUCGCGUGCCCAGGAAGCGGACUGUCAAGAUCGAGGCCGUUCCCCCUCCAGCCCCUCCUCUCGUUCCCGCCCCGUUCUCGCUCCCACCCCCGCUUCAGCACCCGUCUCGGUCUCGACGCCGACGCCGACCUUGCUACCGACCUCUUACAGCUCUCGUUCAAAUACUCUGGAAAUCUCUGUGGCUCCGAUGGCAACUCUACCUCUGGUUCCGAGCAACGUCGUUCUGGUGCCGACACCUCCCGCCCAUCCUGAAGAGACAGCUCCUGCACGACCCCACCGCGAUCUGGCGGAGAAGACUGGGGAGCUCGCGUCUGUCCCGCUGGCUCAGGCUGUAUCUGCUGGCAUUCCGUUCCCGUGUCUUCCCUCUGUACAUCAUCAAAACGAACGCGAUAUUGCCUCCAGAUCGGUCGAUCUCUCGGCAGCGUCUCGGCAGGCUGGAGAAGAGCCCGGUAAAGGAAAAUGAGAAGGCCAACGAGGAUUUCAGGGAUCAGAAGAGGGUCUCCCUCCCUGCGAACUUUCCCGUUCUCAAGAUGACGGCGGUCCCGACGCCUGCGCCAGCGAGCAUUACGAAGAUCGCGAACUCCGAAGGUCCGAGAGCACCUGUCAUCCCUCCCGUGCGCUCCAACACUCUGCCACUUCUUCCGGCGACAUCUAUGACCCCGGAAGAGUCUAUGGCGCCCCGAAAGACGCUGCUCGGUAAAUUCGUGUCGAAGCUCACGUCAAAAGAGUCUGGUGCCUCGACUAGCGUCCCGCCCCAGCCUGCCCCUGCUUCUGCGAGCAAGAGAAUUCGGCUCCGCCUCUUGUUCAAGUACAUCCGCGCAUCCUGUCUCGGUCCCAGCCUCAGCCUCAGCCUCAGCCUCAGCCUCAACCUCAGUCCCAAAUCCAACUAUCCGCACUGCCGCCUCAGCCGACACCGGUCCUCACUUCUGUGGCUCGAACUUUACCAACGCAAAAGCCUCCCCUUGCAUCUGUGUCAGCAGGCCCCUUGGCAGCUCUCCCCAAUCGAGUUCGCGCACAAGCAUCGCAAAACGUUCCUUUACUCGCGCACCAACUCACUCGAAGCGUCACACUUCCCUCGAAGCUGGAGCCUUCAGCAAACGAGAAGGUUUCAAGGACUGGACAGCUUGGUCUUCCAGGGCACAGUCGCAGCGCGUCCUCUCAGGUUGCGUCGGCUGGCGCAGCUGCUGCUCAGCAAAACGUUCACAAUAGCGCAAAUCCGCUCAAGCCCGCCCCCAAAGCGUCUCCGCCGGCUCGCGACCAAGCUCUACCCCAACGCCCCACCAACUUCGCACGCCUCUAUAGCUGCACACACCAAGGCGACUAUAAGCGAAAGCCGAGUACAGCUUCAAACACAGGGAUCCAGCGCUCCCGCGCCUGUGGCUAUGGCUACUACUGCAGCUCCGGUACCGCGCCCUGCCCUACCCGCACCAGCCAAGGCGGUCCCUCAAGUCGUCGUCACUCGCAUCGACGGCCCUGGCGUCCCUGUACAAGCGGAGGCGACCCUUCGAAUGUCUCAGCUUGCGCCCAACGUCUCGUCAGUCCCCGUCAAGACCAACACGACUAUCGGCGACAACGCAAGCGCUACUAGUACUACCCCCGGGACGCAGCCGGCGGAAACCACGAUGUCAACUGGCGACACCCUUCGCCCCGCUCCUGCGGGUGCCCCCAACCAGGCCUCGGUCCCCCGCCCCACGGACGGUGCCCGCUGCUCCGGCUCCUGGCGCACCAGCCUGACGCACGUCGGUCCGCACGCGCAGGGCCGGCGGGGCGCCGUGGAAGUCCCCCCGGGGAACGGCAUAUACGCGUCGAUCUACGCGCCGCCCGGCGCCCGCGCGCGCCGACCGACGUCGAUGUUCGAGGUCGAGAGGGCGCCGACGUCGGAGGCAGAGACUUCGGGCGACUGGCGCGCGCGGCAGCUGACGGCGCACGCGACGGAACGGGAGAGACGGGUGAGCAUGCCGGAGCAGCCUGUCCGGGACGCCGCGGCAGCAGCAGCGGCGGACAUGAAGGUGUGGGCUGCGAUGCCCCGCAAGACGUCUGGGAGGGCGCACUUCGGCCCGGGGAGCGCGGAGGGGGGGAGGCAGAACUCGCCGUACUUCCAGGUCGGGAACGAGAGGGAGCGCGAGCGGACGCGCACGCUCAGUGGUCAGCGGAGCGGAGGGUCCUCUCAGCAGGGCCAUGGAGGCGGGCACGCAAGGACGAACACGCAGACGUCGGCGAAGUCGUUGGGUCCGGCGACGGGGUCGAGCGGGAACUGGAUGAGCAAGCUGCGGCGGGAGAGCGGGAUCUUCGCGAACGGAGGGUGGAACAUGAAGGCGCAGGCGCGCGAGCUGCAGCAGAAGUUCAAGGGAGACAAGCAGGCCGUCGGAGAAGGGUCCGCGACUGGGCCGGGCGGUCAAGAGAGUGGGGGAGGGUGUGCGGCGUAA